AUGGAAGGCGCUGUGCUUGGCGUUGUGGACGAAUUUUACAUUCGACAUGGAGCUGCUAAAGUAAAAGCUGCUCAACUGAUUGAUGAAUGGCUUUGCACUGCUGUGGCACUGUGCCAAGAGGGGUGCAUUCUGUUGGAAACGCUAUCUCAAGCAGGAUUACUAAAGGACGCGAUUAGAGUGGUAUCUGGAGUUCCUUCUCUUGUGGAAGCCAUAGGAAAAGUGCUUACCACCGAGCUGAUUAUGGAUGUAGCAAUGAGUUUGUGCGAUUACCCUUUAAGACGCCUUCUGCGAUUGCGUACUCAGGCUCAACAAUCGGGUGUUGAUUUCUAUCACACAAUCUUGGUUAGAACUCCAAAAGACCAGAAGAUUGCGACCAUCAUGUCUAUUUUGGAGCUGGAACGAUUUAUAUUUUUGCUUAAUGAAAAGCAAAAUCUCAUAGAACUAGUGGAAGGAUGUCAGAAGGAACAGAAGGAUUACAUUGAACGAGCUUUAGAGACCAUUUGUGAAUCGCAACGAACUGAAACUGUGAAAGAGCUGGAGAAAUGUGGUCUGCUCGCGGUAAGAUAUUUCUGUUCUUGAAU